AUGGCGCCUUCAGCCCUGCCCCUGGCCAGGGGGCUUGGUCCCCUCCCACGACCGCAGGGGCUGGGCAGUGAAGGGCAGACGGGGGGCCGCUCCUGCAAGCUGCUCCCCGACGGCCGCAGCCUGAUCGUGGGGGGGGAGGCCAGCACCCUCUCCAUCUGGGACCUGGCGGCCCCCACGCCCCGCAUCAAGGCCGAGCUCACCUCCUCGGCCCCUGCCUGCUAUGCCCUGGCCAUCAGCCCUGAUGCCAAAGUCUGCUUCUCCUGCUGCAGCGACGGCAACAUCGUGGUGUGGGACCUGCAGAACCAGACCAUGGUGAGGCAGUUUCAAGGCCACACGGAUGGUGCCAGCUGCAUCGACAUCUCUAAUUACGGCACCAAGCUGUGGACAGGGGGACUGGACAACACUGUGCGGUGCUGGGACUUACGGGAAGGCCGUCAGUUGCAGCAGCAUGACUUCAGCUCCCAGAUCUUCUCCCUGGGGUACUGCCCAACGGGAGAGUGGCUGGCGGUGGGCAUGGAGAGCAGCAACGUGGAGAUCCUGCACGUCACCAAACCAGACAAGUACCAGCUGCACCUCCAUGAGAGCUGUGUCCUCUCCCUCAAAUUCGCCUCCUGCGGGAAGUGGUUCGUGAGCACUGGGAAGGACAACCUGCUGAACGCCUGGCGGACGCCCUACGGAGCCAGCAUCUUCCAGUCUAAAGAGUCCUCCUCGGUGCUGAGCUGUGACAUCUCCCUCAAUGACAAAUUCAUCGUUACGGGCUCUGGCGACAAGAAGGCCACAGUGUAUGAGGUGGUGUACUGAGUCCACAUCCCUCACCCUCCCUCCUCCAUCAGGGAAGGGGCCAGGCUUUCUCCAAAGCCACCACAGGGGGGGAGACCUCCUGUGCGGGCCAUCCCUCCCGCAGCCCGGCUUGCAUCCUCCUCCUCUUCCUCGUCCUCUCAGUCCCCAAGCCAAGGCCCAGGCCAUAGCUCCACUCCCUGCCCGGGGAGUGAUGGGCAGAGCUGGGGGGUUGGGGCACUGGGGUCAGGCGUCCCCCAGGCCCGGCAGGGGCUGG